AUGGCUCAAAACAAAUACCUCAAUAAACUGGAGGGUCAAUCCGUCCUGAUCAUUGGUGGCACAUCUGGUCUGGGCUUUGGCGUCGCAGAAGCCUGUGUCGAAUUCAAAGUCGCCAAUCUGUACGUCUCGUCGUCGCGCCAGGCCAAAAUCGAAGCGACCAUCUCGCGCCUUCAGAAUGCCUAUCCCGACAGCAAGACCAAGAUCACGGGCAUCGCGUGCAAUCUGGCCGACGAAGCGACGCUCGAGUCCAACAUCGAGAAGCUCUUCCAGCAAAUCAAUGCCAAACUGGACCAUAUCGUCUUCACGGCCGGGGAUCCGCUCGCCAUAAAACCGCUCGAGUCUAUCGACAUGGCAAUGCUCAAGCAAGCAGGCAUGGUUCGUUUCUUCGCGCCUUUCUUCGUGGCGAAACAUGGUCGCCACUACCUCCACAACAACAACGGCAGUAGCAUCACCUUCACCUCGGGCACGAUCGUGCAGCAGCCGAACAAAGACUGGACGCCCGUCGCAGGCUUCAUGUCCGGCUUGGUUGGACUGACCCGGAACUUGGCCCACGAGCUGAAGCCGAUUCGGGUGAACCUGGUUGAGCCUGGUGCGGUCAAUACCGAGUUGUGGGAUCCCAAGUUUGUGGGGAACCCGGACGCAAGGAAAGCAUUUCUCGACAAGUAUGGCCUGUCCCUGGCUACAGGAGUGGUUGGGAGGGUCGAGGAUGUGGUCGAGCUGUAUUUGGCCGUCAUGAAAGACCGAAACAACACCGGCGCAGUCGUGGAGAGCAAUGGAGGUGCGUUGGUUGCGUAG